AGUUUUCGUGUAUUGGGCAAAAUAAUUGAGAAAAUUAUGUACCAUGUAAUACACCUCGUUCUUUGGUUUUUUUUUCUUUAAAAUAAAAAUAUAAAUAACUAAAUAGAUAAACAUUGGUGUAUAUUUUGAACUCAUUCAUCAUAAUUGUCAGUGUAUUUGAUUAUGAAAUGAACCAUUUAUGGAAGGAUAUACACAUCAACACUAUUUUUCUUUGGAAUCAGUUAUCCAUGAUACAUGAGAAUGGUGAUUUGUUUAUACUUUUAUAAAGGAAUUUAAUUUAACACCCAAACACAGUCAAUUAAAUACUAAUUUAUUGAACAAAAAGUAUAGUGGAUUAUUAUUAUUUUUUUUCAUUCAUAAAAAUUGGAUUCAAUCAAAGUGAACUUAUUGGUACAAUUUAAAGUUAAAUUAGUUUGCAGAGUUACAUACAUUUCGAAAAUUUUAUAGCCACUCAGAAGAACAAGGUAAGUAGUAUAUAAUAUUUUGUUUCUUGUAUUUACUUAUUAAACAUAACCCAUGUUUUUUCAGAAUGAUGUGUGGAGAUCGUUGAAUUUUAUUGAUAUCAUGAACCGAUCUAAGUUGGACAACCAAUAAACACCUGGAAACACUGGACUUUUGAUUAUUCCUAGUAUGGGACUCCUCAGAAUUGCCCACUCAUGACCCUACAACCAGGAAUCAAAUCUAGGAUUCUCAGUCUUUUGUGCGAAUAGUUAAUCUCUAGGCUAUUAAGCCAGAAUUCUGUGCUCAGUUGCCGUAAACUGGUUCGUGGUUACGCUUUGUUUAGGAGUCCUAUACUUGGACAAAAUGAUAGUUCAAUUCUCCCAUGUUUUGAAUAAUUACCUAACUUAGGUUGGUUUAUUAUUUCAACAAUGUUUUUUUAGUAGGUACCUUGUCACAGUAUACGACUUAGUUUCCUUUCCUAUUUUAAUUUUAAUCAGACAGAGUUCGGUGAAAACUCACUACAGUAAGAAAAAAUGUUUUAUCUGUUUCAUCUUUCAUUAUAAUGAAUGGCCAAUUGUUUACUGAGAUACCUUACAGUCUUUGAUCUAAUCUGUGGUUUGGUCUUGAGUGCACACUGUCGAUAAGCCUUGUGCUAGAACGAGAUAAUUUUAUAUUACUUUCUGGCUUUCACAAGGAUCUUAACUGAGACUAACACGUGAAGAAAACAAUGUAAAAACUAUAACCGUUAAUACUACUUAUUAGUCAUUUAGUAGUAAGAAACAUCGACUUUAUCCAGUCUUUGGUACGAAGUACUUUCUAUGAAUGUAAAGGUAAUGAUAACCAGUAGAGUAAAUGUCUUAACAUUCAUAAACGUCGUGUGUUACUAUAGGGUGAUUAGCAGUAAUCAGUAGGAAACCGCUGAUUAGUAAAAUCUUUUUGAUGGUAUGACAAAACGUGUACUCUUCUUGAGAUUCGAACCAAUGUUAUCUAAUACUACAGUCAAAGAAGUUGCUAUUGAAGUACCUCAGUCAUUUAGAGGAUGUCGAGUGUUGUUAGAGGUAUGAGGGCGGUUUUCACCUUCCUCAUUCCGAUACUUUAGAGGAUUACUUCUUUUUGAGGUACCUGUAAAGGUAAAUGUGUUGUGAAAAGUCUAGAUCAUGUAUUAGCGUAACUGAAGAUCUGAAGGAUCAGCUUCUUUAGCCUGGCAGAAAAUAAACUUUCUGUGAGUAAUCCUUGAUUUCUAAGGCCUUGAAGCCGACAAUAAAGAUCUGUUUGUCUAUAAUGCUACACUUUUGGUCUCCAUCUUUUCUAACUCCCUUCUUCCAUUGUGGUUGGCAGUAUAGUUGCAGUUUUUAGUUAUUUUUGCAUCAUGCAUGCUAUACGGUCGGUAGUUUUACUGAAACCUCAGGUCUUGGAACUUUAUCCUAAAAUAGAAAACAGUUAUUUUGUCAAUACAAGGUUAAAUUGAAAAUGUGAAUAGAAAUUUUAACAGAGUUGCUUUCACAAACUGUUAAUAUUGAAAAAUAAUGACAACAAAAUAAAUUCAAAUUAUUACCAUUAAAGUUUUUGCUUGGAAAUCAAUAGGAUCACACAUCAGUAUUGUAUAACAAGAAUGUACCAUGUACCUGCUAGAAGUAAUUCUCUGGGUUCUAGUGAGAAGCCGUGAUCAGUGGAGUUUAGCUGCGAAAAGUGUGAGGUAUUUGCUCACCAAAGACAGUGGAACAUUGUUGCUCAAUAUUGUGGAUUGAUUGUCGACUUAAACACCAUUGGCUAUUGACUCAGUGGUAUAGAGAUUAAAUAUCCAUGCGCGAGACCUAAGAUCCCAAGUUUGAGUUGCGGUUGUGAAAUAGUGGAUGUGCACUAUUCAGAAGUACCAUACUCGGACAAAAUAGCUGUCUACUGUUUCCAGAUUUUUCAAAGAUUGUCUAACAGAUCUGUUCAUGAAUUUAAUGAGAUUCAACAAUCUCCAGAACCUCGUACUGAAAAUUUUAUGUAGCAAAGAAACUUUGUGCCACCUGAAUAGCGAAAGAUUAACAACCAUCUCAUUUUUAACAUAUAAAUUAGGUUUCUUAUACUCUUAUAGCAACUCACGUGCAACUGAGUUUGUUCACAUAUAAUUCGGUUAAGUCGUUUUGUUAACUCAUUUAGCGGACUGAUUCAUCCGUACAACAACAACUUAUCUAUAACAUUGUAUCUUUAUUAUCGUUACGAAUGUAUGAGCCUGUAUGCCUGAGAAUGCCUUACUGCCGACGUAUAUAUUCAUCCUGCUAGCUUUACUAUUAGCUGUUUAACUGAUUCGAUGAUUCAUUCACUUCUUUAUAUAUAUAUACAUGUGCAUUUAUUGCUAUUCACUCGACUCAGUAACUCAUUCAUUCGCCUCUCCGCUCUGUGGUCUGAGCUAUCUGCUAAUAAAACUGUAGUCGCUGAUUCUCUUCGCCUUCUAAUUUCAAACACCGUUGAGGUUUAUAUAAUAACGGUUACGAUGGUGAUUGCUUAAUGAACCACAGCCACUACACUCCAUAACUAUAAAUUCAGAAGAAUGUAGCUGAACUGAGUAUUAAUCACCAUGAUAGAUUUCAAGGUAUCUCACUGAAAUUCUGUAUCCAAGACAUAUUUAGUAACUGCCCGGUUUAAAGUAGAUUUUUUCUCUUGUUCAAAAGCAUUAUGAAACAUGUUCUAAAAAGUUAAGCACAAGAUUUUUUUGUCAGAAAAAUUAAAAUGUCCCCCCUCUCUCAAAAAAUCUUAACUGUUCUAUUUUAAACAUUGCCCGGCAACAAAAAAAAAUUUGUAGACAGUAAAUAAUUAUUUAUUAGCACCAGUAUUAUCGGAUUAGUACAAAUACUUUUAGAAAUAUCCUUCCACCCCCCUCCAUCCAUAAUAUAACAGUUUGUCUUGUGUGUUUUUUUCCUUAAAAUAGAACUUAUUUAAUAAAAAAAUUAUCCUUUUAAAAGUCAUUUAAAUCAAAUAAAUCACAAUUUUUUUUGUAUUUUUCAUAUCAAAUUUUUAUGAUUAGAAGUUCC